AUGAAAACAAGCCCCCUCCACCUGUCUGAUAAAAGAAAAACCUCCAGGUUGGAAAAUCAAGGAAGCACAAAGUGUUUUACACCAGCAGAGGUUGAAACAGUCAUCCCUUUAUCUGCCGCAAAGUCAUGUGUCACUGCAGUGGAAGUCGGCCAAAAGUAUAAACUAUCUGCUGCUAAGACGCUCUUGGCUGAAGAGACUGGAAAUUUUGGCAGUGAUGAAAAAAUGCUGCGUCAGAGUGAGCCCCAACAACGACUGGAAAAUGACUCACAUCGAUACAACAGCACCACACUGGAAAAUCCUCCGUUUUCUCCGUCUGCGUUCACUGACAUUAACUGUGAAGAAUCUUCCCCCCUGGAGACAAAGACCUGCCCACUCAAAGUUAAGACUUCCAGUGAAGGGAUGUCUCCCAAUUUAACCCCACAUUAUACCGACCUGUCACCUCACCUAAACUGCCUUUUCAAAAGUUCAUCCACUUCAGAUUCUGCACUGGAAGCUAAAACAUCUAAUAUUUUAGCAGGAAAUGGCACAAAAUCUGAACAGAUUUUGUCGGAAGGUCCAAACACGUCAGGUUUAAGAAUCAACAACCUAAAAGAAACCAAUUUGCCCUUAAUGAAAGAUCUACCAAUGAAUUCCUCGGACAUCUCAAAUGUGUCAUCCUGUUGUAGUCUGGAUACUGAAAGUGUUGGCUCUUUUACAAAUGACAACUUGACAGAAAUGUCGACUGGAAACCAGUCUGGAGAUCAAGUGGAGAAAAAGCUGCAAAUCUUGUCAGAAUGCAAAGAAAUUGAUAUGACUUGUGAACCUACAAAACACCCAGUUUGUAAUUCCACGGCUAAAACAGAAGAUGCUGUACCUGCAUCUAAACCUGCAGGAGAAACUGAAAGCAAAGAGAGUUCAGUGUUUGCUAUGUCUUCCUUUUGGAGUGAGAUGGAAAAACUGACAAUAAAUGACAUACUGGGUUUACGGAAGAUCGGAAGAAGUGCUCCCGCCACCUUUCUUCCUCCAGUGCAGGAAAAAGAGGAGAUUGAUACAAGCAUUUUUACUAAUAUGGAUGAAUUAAAACAGGAGACUGAGAAUUCCUCUUCUAUGGACUCUUAUUCUCCAAGAGGCGUUACAUGGGAGAGUGAACCUGUGAUGCAAGAUACCAGUAUCUACCCAAAGACCAUGUUGGAGCUUGUGACAGACACAUCUGAACCACUUCUUACUGAAAUGCCCCUCAAGUCUCUCAAAAAGAUCUCCAAAACAAUCACUGUGCACAAUUUACAAGCUCUGGAAUCUGAGACAUGCAGCUUCUCACAUAAGGGUGACAUUUUAGAGCCCUUUGAAGAAAGCAUUGAGAACUACAGCGUGGAUUCUCCACUAAAGAAAAAUGUGAACACCAGACCUUUUUCAGAAAGCUAUAGCAUUUCUCUCCCAGAUAUUUUCCACUAUCUAUUUGGAGAGAAGCCCUCAACUCCCAGUCAGUCUGCUGCAGAUGGAGGGUCCACUUUCUCCUAUGAUGGAAACUCUGUACCUGAGACGUAUGAUCAUUUUUUCUCAGAGUUUGACACAGAAAGCUUCUUCUAUCCUCUCACAACUGCGGAAGAAAAGGCCAAAGACAAGCCAGUCACCAUCUUCUCCUACUCUCGCUCAUCUUCUAGAAGCCUAAACUUUCCUGAGGCCUACGAGUAUUUCUACGCAUCCUCCUCAUCUGACGACUCUUCAGUGGAGUCGGAUGAAGAAGAUUACUUUGGUCCCGUGAAGGUGGUGAGCAGGUACAGCCAAAGACCCAGCUUAACCCCGGUUUCCACAGACCCAUACGAUGACUUCUUUACAGAAAAUGACCUCAAUCAGAAUUUUUUCUCUCUGAGGUCACUUUCCUUCAGGAAUGUUAAUUUUAAAGCAUCACAGAGUCAGAAACAAGAGUCCUACGCUAUGUCUCUUGAACCUGUAAAGCACAGUGAUACUUCCACUAUGAGGGAGGCUCCUCCCAUCGUUCCAAAGGAAAAUCCUGAUCUGAGGAGUUCCGAUCCUCGACUUUAUGAACUGUACAACACAAUCACAAGACAACCAGAGCAACUGCCAUUAAGUUACGAAGACUUCCAAAUGACUGUUGUGAAUCCAAGGUUGGAUGCCUCCCUGCUGCCCCUCAAGCACUCAGACAUGUGUUUGGUUUGCAUUGCUUUUGCUUCAUGGGUCUUGAAAACUGCAAAUCCACAAGUUGGAGAUGCAUGGAAGGCUGUUCUGCUAGCAAAUGUAAGCGCUCUGUCCGCCAUCCGAUAUCUACGCAAGUACGUCAAAGUGGAGGCUGCCACCAGUGAGAAGAAGCUACAACUCACCCAAAGUUAGAUUCUGUAUUUCUCUGCCUAUGUUGUCGAUGAUCCAUUUCCCAAGAAGCUUUGAUAUACACUUUUACACAACUUCUGGGAAAAAAAGGAAUUGUUUGCACUAGUUUUGGUCACAGAAUGACUUAAAUUAAAUGUAAUGGUUUAAAACCAUCUAAGUAAAAGUCAGGAAACUUUUUUUUUUACUCCUGAAAGCACUAAAUUUUAAAUGACCAAAGGCAAGAUGGGGAAUGUCUGGCUUCACACAUUGGUAAAUAAGGAUUGUAAGGAUGUUUAAAGAGAGAUUAUAGGAAAUUCAGUGCUGUACAGAGUUGAGUUGAGAGAGUGGAAAAUGAAUCAAGUGAAAUUUAUGAGUAAGGUUUUAUUGGCCUGUUUUUGUUCUUCAUUUAUGUAUUAUUUCAUUAUUACACCACCAAGUAUUUGUAGAACUUGCUUUUUUUGUAGAAUGUGUAAACUCCGGCUUAAAAUUUAAUUUAAGAAAUAAAAAUUAAAGGGCAUUUUAAUUGAGUGUAUGAAAUGUUUCAAACACUAGAGGGCAGUAUAUGGUCAUGUAAAGACUCAACUGAUCAGCUGCAGUUCCCUCUACACAUGCACUGUAAACCUCAGUGAAAAAUAAAAGUCACUUUACUUUCUCAUUCUGUUGAGUACCCCAUUCUCAAUAACCUAAAUUUUUGAAUGAGCAUCAGAUUUUAAUAAUAUUCAUAAAUUGAAUCCAUCCACUAACAAUGUUUGAGUCAUUGUGUUCAUAUUUAUAGAGGUGCUGGGCUCAACCCAGCUGUCAUCAGGUUUGUAAAUCCUGAAAAGGUUGCCUUCAAGGAUUGCAAAGGGGGAAAACAAUGCUUGUAAACAGGUAGGAAUUCUCGUGUCAGAUUUAUGUGCAUGUCUUUGGAGUGAAAGUUGACAGCUGGAGGACCCAUAAAACUCAUAAAAAUGUUCAAAUUCUUAAAAGGAAAAAAAAAAGAAAA